AGCUUAUUCAAAACCAUAGCUUGAUAUUUUUCUCUCUUUCUUUUUCUUUAGCUAAGGUUUAGUUUCUGAAAGAUGAAUAUCAAAGAGGUUGUUUUUCCUCUUCUUGUGUUUUUCUUUGCCUAUUCUGGAUUGGCCCUUUCAGUCUCAGAGCCCAAAAAUGUUCCUCUGCUUCCUCAUGCUGCUGAUGAUUCCUUCAGUGUUGGCUAUAUCCAAAUGAAGAGUGCAGAGAACUGUUCUUACUUGGUGGCCAUAAGUACAAGCUGUUCUUCACCUAAGAUUACAACUGAUGAAAUCAGUAUUGUUUUUGGUGAUGCACAAGGCAACCAGGUAUAUGCAGAAAGACUGGGUGAUAGAAUUUCAAAGACAUUUGAGCAGUGCUCCUCAGACACAUUCCAGAUAGAUGGUGAAUGCACUUCUGAGAUAUGCUUUGCAUACCUUCGUAGAUCUGGUUCCAAAACCAAUGGAUGGAAGCCUGAGAGUGUUAAAAUCUACACCUACAACACUGACCCUGUUACUUUCAAUUUCAACACCUCCAUCCCCAAUGACAAAUGGUACGGCUACAAUUUCUGCCAGGUUCCGCCGCCGCCAUCGCCACCUCAUCCUCCUUCUCCUCCUACUCCUUCCUCUUCACACCCUCUAUACACCCUCAACUGCCUCAUCUAUGCUGUUCUAGGACUUGUUCUUACUCAAAUUUGGAUGUAUUGAUAUUCCAUGGCUAUUAAUUAUUUCCAUGUGGCCAUGGAGAACUUAAUUAGUUAGGUAACUAAAUUUGUGAUCCUUUGUGGUGAGCAAAGUCGGUUAUUAUUAUUGUGCGUGGCUUUGCAUUCUUAUUAGUUAGAUCUUUUGCUCUUUGAAGGACUAAUUAUGUUUUGAGUUUAAUGUUUGAAUAAGUAGGGUCACUUUCUGUUUUUAAAGACACUUGAUGUUAUAUUAUAUAUAUUUCAUUAUUGUUAGGUGUAA